AUGAAGGAAAAGAUUCACCAUUGUCAUCAUCUUCCUUGCUCUUUCUUCUUCUACACCCUCUUUCUCAUUGUCAUCAAUGUCUCCACCACCCAACAGAUCCUUGUAUCUGCCAAUGCCCACAUCAACAAUUCUGAACUUCAAAAUAUCCGGCAGAGACAGCUCUUGUCCUACGAUGGAGACCCUCUGGCCAUCAACCCAUCGCUUGUUUUGGAGAACCCGAGACUCAAGAAUGCUUACAUUGCAUUGCAAGCUUGGAAAGAAGCCAUUCUUUCAGAUCCAUACAACAUAACUGCUAAUUGGGUUGGAUCAGAUGUUUGCAGCUACUCUGGUGUGUUUUGUUCAAAUGCACCUGACGAUCUGCAGGAACUUACUGUUGCUGGCAUUGAUCUCAACCAUGGUGAUAUUGCUGGAAACCUCCCACAUGAAUUAGGCCUGCUGUAUGAUCUCGCAUUGUUUCACAUCAAUUCAAAUCGCUUUUGUGGUAAGCUCCCUUUGAGCUUAUUGAACUUGAAGCUGUUGUUCGAGCUAGAUCUAAGCAACAAUCGCUUUGCUGGUAAGUUUCCUCAGGUUGUCCUCCAAUUGCCAAAACUCAAAUAUCUGGACAUAAGAUUCAAUGACUUCGAAGGUGAGCUUCCAAAAGAACUCUUUGAGAGAGAUCUUGAUGCCAUAUUCAUCAAUGAUAAUAGGUUCUCUUUUGAAUUACCUGAAAAUAUUGGCAACUCGCCUGCAUCUGUUAUUGUUUUGGCAAACAAUAAAUUUCAAGGAUGCGUACCUGCAAGCUUAGGCAACAUGUCAAAAACAAUGGAUGAAUUGAUUCUCACAAACAACGGGUUUCAUUCAUGUUUGCCGAGUGAGAUAGGGAUGCUGAAGAAUUUGACAGUGUUGGAUGUGAGCUAUAACAAUUUAGUGGGUACCUUGCCGGAUAAUAUCAGAGAUAUGGUUAGCUUGGAACUGUUGAAUGUGGCUCACAACAUGAUGUCUGGGAAGAUUUCUGAUAGCGUCUGCUCACUUCCAAAUUUGAAGACUUUUAGGUCCGAGUACAAUUUCUUUUCGAAUGAGACACCCUCGUGUUUGAAUCUGCCUGGUUUUGGUGAUAGGAGGAAUUGUUUGAAAGGGAGGCCAAUGCAGAGAUCUACAUUGCAAUGCACGAGGUUUUUGUCACAAGGAAUUAAUUGCAGCAGUUUUAAAUGUGCUCCACUUGUUUCAUCGCCCCCACCUAAGGUUUUAUCGCCUCCACCACCUGUUUAUUCCCCUCUAUCACCUCCACCGCCAACUCAGCUACCACCACCAACACCUUCACCACCCCCACCAUCUCCUCCACCUCCUUCACUGCCCCCACCAUCUCCUCCCCCAUCUCCGCCACCAGUCUCUUCACCACCAUCUCCAAUUCACUGUACUUGCAAUCUAUCGCCACCUCCACCCCAAUACUUGCCACCACCAUCCACAGAGUUACCACCACCACCGCCGCCUUUGCAUUGA